CUUUUCCCACAGCUCUGAACCUUGUUUUUCAAUAACGUUUUUGUUCAUAUUGAGGACAUUUUACGAUCGGGCCUUUCGCCCGAACCUGGGACUGCUGAAAUCUCCUUCUCCAGCAUAGAAUUGCAAUGCUCUAUUAUUUUUUAUGCUGCGUGUGUCGUAUGUCGGGCUCCCUAUUCACGGAAACAUGUGCGUAUGUCAUUACCCUUCCUCAAGGCAUUAUCGUACGAAUCGACGACUCGUGUCCUGAGCCACGACGCAGGUUCACAGCGCAUCGACAAGCUAGUCAUAGGGUCACUGCGAAGCACCUCGCAAUAUUUCUGAUGAGCCGGUACUACAGUUCGACAGUAUUUCAUUGCUCGAAAGAAGUCACCUGACGUGGAAUUGUCGUAACUAGAUACAGCGCUAUUCAUAAAGAACGUUCUUUGCAGCGUUCAUGCAGUACCAGGCAGUAUUUCAGGCCUUUCAUUCAAGAAUGUCCCGUCAUCAGGUAUUCUGACCUUAUUUCCGGACCAGCUCUGCGUAUCAUCACCACCGAGGGAAGUGUGCACCUUGAUCCAUGCUCUACUCUGCACGAGGUCCUCCCACUGGACUUUUUCCUGAUCGUCCGUUCCAUGCUUGUAGAAUCGUCAGAGAUCCUCUAGGACCGGCGCUCGUCCCGCACGAAUUCACGAUCGAUUCCAGGAUUAUCCGUCAAGCUAAAGAUAAUGAAAGUUAGCAUCACACAGGAUAUUCUUGCCAUUGGCAUGGCAGCGCAUG